CUUUAACACGCUGGUAUUUUCACUAGUGGGCUCUCAGCUCCGGUAUAAGUGACCUGUCUUCUAGACACGCAAAAGAUAACUCUGAGCUGGCAAAGACUCGCACUGGAGCUGGCAAGAUCUCUCCUUCUCGUCACUCUUUUGUCGAAUCCUGUUUAUUACAGAUCGGGGGGAAUUUCUGCGAAGUAUUUGAACAGAUCUCCCCAUUCGGCGCUGGAAUCAGCGAGGGGCGCAAGAUGUUGCUCCGUGGAGGGGCGCUGCUGCUCCUGUUGUCGCUGGUGCAUCUGGUGCUAUGUGCCGAAGACUAUUACAAGGUCCUCGGCUUAGGAAAACAAGCGACAGACAAAGAGUUAAAGUCGGCCUACAGGCAGCUCAGCAAGAAAUACCACCCCGAUAAGAACCCAGGUGAUAGCACUGCGGAGUCCAAGUUUGUCGAGGUCUCCGAAGCCUACGAAGCUCUCAUCGACCCCGAGUCCCGGCGCAUCUACGAUCAGUACGGGCACGAGGGCCUCAAGCAACGACAACAGGGCGGCGGCUUCCACACACACGACCCCUUCGACCUGUUCAGCCGGUUCUUCGGCGGAAAAGGCCACUAUGGCAGCCACCCGGGCCACCGGCGGGGCCCCAACGCCGAGCUCAAGGUCGAGAUCGCGCUACGGGACUUCUAUAACGGGGCCACGACCGAGUUCCACUGGGAGAAGCAGCACAUCUGCGAGGAGUGCGAAGGCACCGGCUCCGCCGAUGGCGACGUCGAGACGUGCCACACCUGCGCCGGGCGGGGCAUCCUGCUGCAGAAGAUCAUGCUGGCCCCCGGCAUGUACCAGCAGACGCAGGCGCAGUGCCACGCCUGCGGGGGCCGCGGCAAGACCAUCAAGAACCGCUGCCCCGCCUGCGGCGGCGAGCGCGUCGUCCGUAAGAGCACGCCCGUGCAGCUGACGGUGCCGCGGGGCGUGGCGCGCGACGCGCGCGUGGCCUACGAGAACGAGGCCGACGCGAGCCCGGACUACGUCGCCGGCGACCUGUUCGUCAUCCUGGCCGAGAAGGCGCCCCACCUCGAGGAGGGCAACCCGGACCGCGUCGACGGCGCCUUCUUCCACCGCCGCGGCGACGACCUCGUCUGGAAGGAGGUCAUCUCGCUGCGCGAGGCCUGGAUGGGCGACUGGUCGCGCAACCUGACGCACCUGGACGGGCACGUCGUGCGCAUCGGCCGCAAGCGCGGCGAGGUCGUGCAGCCGGGCCACGUGGACACAAUCGUCGGCGAGGGCAUGCCCAAGUGGCACGAGGACGGCGACAGCGUCUACCACGAGACCGAGUACGGGAACCUCUUCGUCGAGUACGUCGUCGUCCUCCCCGACCAGAUGGAGAGCGGCAUGGAGAAGGAGUUCUGGUCCGUCUGGCAGAAGUGGCGAGGGAAGACCGGCGUCGACCUGCACAAGGACAGCGGCCGUCCGGACCUCCCCGAUUCGGGAGAGGAGCGUGUUCAUCAGGAGUUAUGAGUGGGGUCCCGAGAUACCAAAUGGAAUCAUGUAUCGUAAAUAUGUCGUUCAAUAUACCGAGUUUUCUCUUGGCGACCUUCUUUUGCGUAUUGAUUUACGUACGUGUUGAAGCCGGUCCAAGUCAUACCGAACUAGCUAAUAUGCCGCUCAACUCAAGCAAAAGAAACAAGAUCAUG